GUUUCACACCAGAUCUGCAGUGUAAAAAUGGUGGAUUUUGGAGAGAUUCUGAGAACAAUCGGAGACUUUGGCUUCUUCCAAAAGCUCAUCAUUCUUGUGUUAACCUUCCCGAACCUCUUAUUGCCCGUCUACUUUUGCAGUCUCCUUUUCAUCCGGUCCGAUCCGGAGCGCCACUGCAACACAGACUGGAUCCUUGCGGCUGACUCCAACCUGACGACAGAGGAGCAGCUGAACCUCACGCUGCCCCGCCAGGAGGACGGGACCUUCAGCAGGUGUCAGAUGUUUGUCCCUGUGGAGCGGGACAUCGGAGACAUCAGGGAGCACGGGAUCAAUGAGACCACGGGGUGCCGGCAUGGAUGGGUGUACUACGACACCAUGUACGAGGCCACCAUAGUCACGGAUUUUGAUCUCGUCUGUGACAAGUCUGAGAUGGCUCAACUUGCGCAGACGAUAUUCAUGGGAGGUUUACUCGCUGGUUCAUUCGUCUUUGGCCCUGCAGCUGAAUCGUACGGCCGCAGAAGAACCACACAGUUACCAGUUGUUCUUCUGCUAAUAUUCGCCACAGUUGCUGGCCUGUCUCCAAACUUCUAUGUUUACAUGUUGUCACAGUUCAUAAUUGGAGCUGCACUCGGAGGAUAUAGAAUUAACUCCACUGUAUUGGCUACAGAGUGGAUUGGAGUCAGCAAAAGGUCCUUGGCCUCGUGUAUGAGCCAGAUGUUUGCAGCUGUUGGACAGUGUGCCAUGGCUGGCUUGGUCUAUGCUGUCCGCGACUGGAGGAAAGUGCAGUUUGUCAUAGCAGGAGGGCAGGCCUUUAUAUUCUUGUACAUAUGGUGGAUUCCGGAAUCUGCGAGGUGGUUACUUGGGCAGGAACGAAUCGAAGAAGCAAACAAAUUGAUCCGUAGAGUUGCAGCGAUCAAUAAAAAGAAAAUCCCAGAAAACCUGCUGGAUGAGGUAACUGAGAAUCGAGAAGUCCAAAGGGGAGGAAUCAAAGAAAUUUUGACCUCAACAGUCCUGAUGAAGUAUUUAUUUAUCAUAUCCUUUGCUUGGUUUUCGUUAAAUCUCGGCUACUUCUGCCUCGUGCUGAACGUGGGAAAGCUCGGUCUGAACAUAUUCCUGGUUCAGUUCCUCUUUGGGAUCACCGAGGCGCCGGCACAUUUCCUCUGUAUUUGGGUUCUAGAGUUGAUUGGGAGGAGAAAAUCCCUCACAUCCACCCUCCUGACCAGCAGUUUCUUUUGCCUCUUAACGCUGGCUUUCCCUCGAGACAGCACGGUUGUUAUCACGGCCCUCAUUACCGCUGGGAAGUUCUUUUUGAACUGGGGUGGAUCCGUAUGCUUGGUCUACAUUCAGGAGUUGUUUCCCACUUCUGUCAGGCAGACAGCGGUUGGCUUCGGCUCCAUUGCCUAUCGAGGUGGAGGCUUGCUGUCUCCUCUGCUCAACAUAUUGGCUGUGUACCACUGGUCCAUACCCAUCGUGGUCUUCAGCAGCCUGACUCUGAUCAGUGGGGCGCUUGUCUUCCUGCUCCCUGAGACGAGGAGAAAAGAGCUUCCCGAUGCGACGGACGAGGCCGAGGGCAAAAGGAAUAUGACAAAGAAGAACACAGGAAGUGACUCCAACAUCGUCACACACAACAGCAGGAAAUCCACUAAACUCUAGUUGGAAUGCCAUAUUAUUACAGAGGUUUUUCUUGUGCAUUGUCU